AUGUACCUGCCACGCUCCCCUGCUCUCGAUCCCUCUGGAGGCAAGUCAUUUGCUGGCGAGUCGAGCAUCAAAGCUCGUAGCAUCUCGACGUCUACGCCGGCCUCACAAUCUUCUCGUACCCAUCAUACUGGAUUGCACCCAAACACCUGGGCUCCAGCAACCACUGCGCCGGCUAGCGUGCAGGUGCACUACCACUAUCUGGCUGGAAGGUAUCGAGACUUAAGCACCGAGCACGGACUAGGACUGGCAAAGCUUGGCAGUGUCGACGAGAAUGCUGUGCCUGCCUCUGGCCCAGAUAGCAAUGACGCCGAUUCCCGCGCCUCCCACAAGGCAUCCUUGGGCGGGAUCUUUCUGGGCGCUGGUCCGGAGACGGCAAGCAGAGGCAUUGAGAGAUGGGAUUCGACCCAAACAUCUGCUGCAAAGUUGCACAUGCCAAUCGGCAAGAAAAGCAGGCGAGAGACUGCUUUGCAAAGGAUGAAACAGGAUGAUCUUCUCAGACGCCGCAUUGAGGGCACCAAAGACGUCGGAAGGCUCAAGUGGGAAGCCAAGGUGAGCGUAGACGGCGUCAGCGCUUACCAUAGAGCUGUUCAACUGAUCAAAGGCAUGCUCGGCAGUCGGCGCUCCUAUCUCAUUCGCAUCCUCUAGCUAUCAUACUUCUUGCUCGAGCAGCUAAGCUCUCUUCCCUGUCGUCUUGCAUCACCCUUGCAUCUUUGUUGACCACCGGUAUCACGCGUGGAAGCGCACCUGUAGUGGUAUUGCUCGAGCGAGAUCCUCUACGUGCGCUGUCCUGGUGCUUGGAUGCCGCUGCGCUUUUGCAGCAACGGAGCUCUGCCCGACAUCGACGAGGCAAAAGCUCACCGAAGGAAGAGGAGCGGUUGAGGCAGCAGAUUGCAUCACUACUGGCUCGUCUUGUCAGAACGACCCAGGCUGAUCCGAUGCGCCAGCAUGGGGAAGAAGUCAAAUUGCCGGUCGCAAGGACUUUGCCGGCACCAGAGCUGUGGAGCUCCCUCUCUGGCCUGCUAGGUUGGCUCUCUGGUCCGCCGCAGACGCCUUCCUCCGAGACACCUGCUGACCUUCCGGGACCAGACGACGAGGAUGAAGAGGGCAAAUCAGCGGCAGUGCUGCGAAGUAUCGCAGUUGAUCUCGCGCUAGUGCGAGCGGUCGCAAUCACCCGAGCGACAUUGGCGCCGGGACAAUCCGGCUGGACUCAAGCAGUACGCCGAGAGUGGGACGAGGUCCGCGAUUGCGCAGACGCAGCUGGCAGAAUGGAUUUGUCUGCGAUGCUAGCGGCAGCUCAGACAGUUUGUGCUGAAUUGGACAAAGGCAAAAGGGGGGCGAUCGCCGGCCCUGCGGCUUCGCUUGCUCGGGCGUGUGAGGAGAGCUUGGUGGAGAGAAGUGUGCGAGUGGUCACGACCACAAACCCAGCGGAUGCGGCGCCCCUCAGGUCAACGAGCGUCAAGAAGUCACAGAACGUUCAGCGGAGCAGAAGAGGCUCUCUCGAUCGAAUGACUAGCCACAGCGGCAGCUCUGACUCCAGACCGCCUUCGCUGCUGUUUCCUGUGGCAGGAUCUUCAGCGCCCGCGCAGACGACGCACACACCCGUGCAAGUCGGCAAGCCAGACCUUUCAGAUGGGCCUGCACGACGUCAAUUAGGCCGCACCAUUAGCCUUCAGCCAGGCUCCAGCCGUGAUCGCGCGGCAGCAGUCGCAGCAGCCCAAAGUGCAAGAUCACUGGUGCCUCCUCGACAGUCGGCCAUUCACGCGCGGAGACCGAGCAGUGUCUGCUCUGACUCGCCAUCUCUCUUGUUUCCGAAUCACGACUCCGACGAGGACGAUGCUUCAUCUGCUGCUGCUCUCAGCUCGACGAGAAUCCCGACCGGGAGCCAGGCGCGGCCGACUUCGCUGUGGGCUGCCGAGAGCGAAGAUGCCACGAUUCGCUUACCGCCCUCUCGAGGUGUUGCCGCUCGUCGACGCGUGACAAGCUUGUACGGAGAGCCUAGCGUCAUGGAUGCCAGCGGCACGAAUGCUACGGGCAGUACAGCAUCGGACUAUGGGUACGAGCCGAAUGGAGUCUUUGAUCCUACUGCAAGCCUGCGCAACGCUCAACGACGGAGAAGAGUCGAUAGCUCAGCAACAAGCGCGAGCACAGCUCUGAGUGUCUUGAGCACAGCGCCCAGCAUCGCCGAGAGCAUGGCUUGGGAAAGGGAGCGAGAAUCGCCGCAAGCCUACGCCCACUUUUCACUGCCAUCGACCGAUAGCGCUAGCGCGCGCCUAGACGUGGUCGGUCGAAAGUCUGAUGCGCAAGCGCCAGGUGCGGUAGACAGCCUACGUAGUCUUUCCAAUACUCGCACGGCUGCGCCCCGCAGCGAGCAAGCGCAAGCUUCUAUGCACUCCGGAGAUGGGCCUGCCGCACGUUCACUCACGAGUCGCCUCGAAAAGACGAUGACCUCCUCUUCCUCAAGCAGCCGAGCUUCUGGAGUAGGCCUUGCGCAUCAUCGUUUUCCCAACUCGACCAGCGGCACUUUUGGCCUAAGCGCACGUCAACGUACCGCGUCAAACGCAAGCAUUUCGAGUCUCAGCAGCUUCGUGAGCUCUUCUAAUAGGCAAGGUCGAAAUGGCACCCUCAGGUCUCCUAUCAGUCCGACUUUUCCGCAGUCAAUUACGACCGUAGCACCGCCAGGGAACCGCGAGGGUGCCGCUACGGCGACGAUGAGCCCAGCGAUCACGCGACCUACGGACCAACCGAGCGCUGAUCGUGCUGGCUCGUCAGCCUCCGCCAUCAACUCGCUGCGACGAUUCGGAGGCAGCAACGGCAAGACACGCCCUGCUGUGCCUUCCGACUUGAAGGGGCCGUCUUCAACAACGGCUGUCGGAUUUCCAAGCUCAACGUCCAGUCCAAGCCGAUCCGCGGCCGACGAAAACGGCACUACACAGGAAAAUGGCUCCAAGCGAGCAUCGCUGGCUCCCUUGAGGCCUGUGGAGGGCUAUGCGGCGCAAAAUAGUAACACGCUCUCUUCGCCUGGCAGCGCUAAUCGGAGAAGCUUCUUCGGCGUCGAUCCGACGAGCGCAGGCACGUACGGUCAAGAUCAUGCGGGCGUAUCAAAUCCGAACCCAAACGGAGCGACCGUGUCGGAGAGCGAAAGCUUGAUGCCACUGUCUCCUCGACCUAUUGAUGAGCAACAUCCACAAGAGAAGAGCAUGACGGCUUCCUCUUCGAGGACGGCUUCUGUCCAUACCAAUUCGGACCUUGACGCGGCGCUCGCAUCGGCGGAAGACAAAAGUCGACUGAAGACCGCCUCGGCAUGCUCCAGGUGCGGCACUCGGGUAGUCAAUGCUCCAGUCAGCAAAACCGGACAUGUCUUCUGCGGCAGGCAAUGCAGGAUGGAGCACAAGGCAGCAGAGAAGAAGCGCUAA